CCCCGCUACUUCCCGCCGCUCAACUUCGGCGUCGUCGAGAGCGACCUCUACCGCUGCGGCCACCCGCAGGUCAUCAACUUCCCCUUCCUCGAGUCGCUCAAGCUCCGCACCAUCAUCUACGUCGGCGACAAGACCAACAACUGGGACUACUACCGCUGGAUCCAGCGCCAGCCCCAGCCCGUGGGCUUUGUGCACGUGCCGCUCGACCUCGACCUCGCGGCCGCCGCCGCCAGCGACGCGUCGGCGGCCGCCACCGCUGCCCAGCUCAACUACCUGCUUGCUGUUGUCGCGCACUCCGCCAACUACCCGAUCCUCAUCCACUCCAACAAGGGCAAGCACCGCGUCGGCGUCGUCGUCGCACUCAUCCGCAAGCUCCUGCAGGGGUGGGUGCUUGCCGCCGUGUACGACGAGUACGGCAAGUACGCCAAGCACGGCAAGGACAACAGCGAGUUGCAGUUCAUCGAGUUCUUC